ACGUUUUACUCCCGUCGCAGACUCGCGGGGCCGCCUCCCCCCGCCCCCUCUACUUAGUACGCGCUAACACUCGCGUACUGCUGCUAGCUCGGGAGCAGCUCGCUCAUCAGUGCAGUAGUAGGAGUAUUAGAUAGCGAGUGGCGUACCAGCCAGCGUACGUGCGUCCGUGGCGAGGAGAUGACGGGGGAGGACGCGGUCAUGGCCGCUGCGGCGAGCUCCGAGUGCAGCAGCGGCUGCCAGUCCGGCUGGACCACCUACCUGGAGGACGACAGCUCCUCCUACUCCCGCGGCCACGCGCGGCUCCACCUCCACGCCAAGGGCCGCUCGUCCUGCCACUCCGAGGAGGCGGAGGAGGAGGACGACCUGUCCAUGAUCUCCGACGCCUCCUCCGGCCCGCGCCAGCUUCAGUACUCGCCCGGCUCCGACCAAGGCGCGGCCGCGCUGGCCAAGGCGCAGCGCGCCGAGAGGAGGCGUCGGACGGCGGAGCCUGCGGCGGCGAGGCGGCAGGGCAAGACAGCCUCCGCCGCCGCCUCGACUCUGCUCGAGGACACGGCCAGCUCGCCAGCCUUCUUCAACUACUCCAACCAGGUGAUGGGCUCCCCGGAGGCCAAUGUCUACGGCGGCGCGGCCGGGUCGGCGAUGGAGUUCAGCAAUACACCCGACUUCUCAUCCACCUUCUUCUCCACGACGGGCUUCGAGUCUCCCUUGAGCGGAUCUCCUCUGGGCAGCUACCUGCAAGUGCAGUACUCCCCUGCCCCUACCAAACCAAUGCCCACAAGACAGGGGUGCAGAGACGGAGGUGACAAGAUCGGGAGGUGGUGAGGCCGUCGCCGUUGGCCGCCGUUACGCGGCUGCUCUGCUCCGUUGUGUUCUCGGAAGCCGAGAGGAGGCGGGCAGCUAGGAGAAUAGAAUAGAACGAGUUUGCGUUGCGUCGCGUCGCGUCGCGAGAGUCUCUCUUUCAAGUCUUGAGGCUGAGUUUUCUUCAGUUCAGUUUUCGUUAGCUGCUGCUGCUGCUACUUCAUUUUUCCUCGAUGCUCUGCGCCUGUGUCCGUCCUGUGUUGGCUUCACCAUGACUGCAGUACCUGUCGUUGCUCCCCGCUUUUGAGCUGUCAGCGCAGUGGGAAACAAAAACCUGAGGGAAAAAAAACAAGCGGGUGUGACAUCUUUUUUGCA